GGAGAAAGAGGAACAGAGAAACAGAAAGAUUUUUAAAAAAACAAGGCAAAAGAGAGGCAGAGAAACCGAGAGACGGCCGUGAGACAGAGAUAGGGAUAGGGGAGAAAGAGAGAAAGAGUUUUGGGGUGACCGAUUCAGGGGCGUUUGGGGUGCGCCGCACGUGGGAUCUCGGUGGGCUCUGUUCCUGUUCCACGCGGGCCGAGACCAGGAGCUUUCACCGGCUUCACUCAACCGAUACGGAGGAGUUCCCUUCCCUUUUUCUCCCGCCGGCUCUCAUAUUAACAAGAAAAGCUUUUUAAUUUUUUAAUUCUUUUUAUUUUUUUAAACCUUUAAAACUAAUAAAUUAAUCUUGGAUUUAUUUUUAAUUUUUUAAUUUGCGGAAUUUUCCUCCCCCUUUUUAAAGAUGGGACUUGGUCCGUGUCUCCUGAUUCUGGGCCUGCUACACCUCCAGUCUGGUACAACUGCAUCAUGUGAAGUUGGGUGGGAAACGAGAGGCGACAAAUGCAUUGAUGUUGAUGAAUGCACAGACCCCGUCUGUGGCAAGUAUGCUGUUUGCUUCAACACCAACGGCAGCUACUACUGUCUGUGUGAUCCUGGCUUUCACGUGAAUUCAGAAUCUAGAACCUUCACUGGCAUUGACAAAGUGUGUCGUGAUAUAAACGAGUGCUUAGAGACCCCCAAUAUCUGCGGGCCCAAGGCCUCCUGCCAGAACACCGCUGGGUCCUACAACUGCACCUGCUCUGAGGGCUACAUCUCCAGCAAUGGCCAGAGAGUUUUUCACAACGCCACAGGAGUCACCUGUGCAGAUGAGGACGAGUGCGAGAGAGCUCCUCCGGUCUGUGGCAGGAAUGGAACCUGCACAAACUCACCUGGCACAUACACCUGCGCCUGUGAGCCUGGCUUCAGUACCCAUGGGCACAGUCAGAACCCCUGCUCAGAUGUAGAUGAAUGCACGGCUGACCCUGAAAUCUGUGGAAAAGGGGGGUCUUGCGACAACCUGGAGGGCAGCUACACCUGUAUGUGUGGCACUGGUUACAGUAACUACGGCAACGCCCUGGGACGAUGCGUAGAGCUGAAUUGUGACCUGUACAAACCCACAGGUUCACCUGAACAGACUCUACCAGGCCUUGAGUAUAUUGUGUUUCUAAUGAGAAACAACUGUUUGGAGCUAAAAGCUGGUGCGUCCGAUCAGCUUCAUGGAGAAAUGCUAUUAGAGAAACUCUUCACGAAGGCCAAUGACAUCAUGUCGGUUGGGCCUCCCGAGACCAGCCAUGACGUUAGCGCCCUGCUGGUCUCUGUAGAGAACGCCAUGCGGCUGAUUGGCCCGCAGAUGAAGCAGCCCCAAACCAGGAUAGAAACUGAACACACAGAGGCUGAGUUGCUGGUGUGGAGAGAUAGAACUCCUCCCAAGGGUCCCGUCAGCAUCGCCACCGACCAAGUGACACUGGACAUCGACUGGGAGACCGCUACAGGGAACAGCUCGUACCCAGGUUUUGCUACGAUAUCCCUGGUGAGCUACAAGGGCUUGGAGUCCGUCACCAACCACUCCUUCCCCGAGCCGGGAGACGCACGCAAGGGGCACCGCUUCCUGAUCAACUCCAAGGUGGUGACAGCUUGCGUCAGUAACCCGGCAACAGAACACCUGGACAAACCCGUCACCUUCACCUUCUCCCACCUGCAGUCGCGGGACGUGAAUCACACGUGCGUGUUCUGGGACGCGCAGCGCGGGGAGGGGGUGUGGUCACCACGGGGCUGCCGGAAGGUGAAGUCCAACGCCACGCACACCGCGUGCGCCUGCUCUCACCUGAGCAGCUUCGCCGUCCUGAUGUCACUCCACGACAUAAAGCAUACGUUCCAGCUGCAGGUGAUCACCUGGGUCGGGCUGUCGGUGUCGCUGGUGUGCCUCCUGCUCUGCAUCGUCACCUUUCGCUUCUGCCGGUCCAUUCAGGGAACGCGCAACACCAUCCACCUCCACCUGUGCGUCUGCCUCUUCGUCGCCGACCUCGUCUUCCUCGCUGGCAUCUCCCGCACGGAGAACAAGGUGGGCUGUGGGAUUGUGGCAGGGGUCCUGCAUUACUUCUUCCUGGCAGCGUUCUGCUGGAUGUUGCUGGAGGGGGUUCAGCUGUACCGCAUGGUGGUUCUGGUGUUCCACACCGUACUGCGGCCGCUCGUCAUGUUUGCCGUCGGAUACGGUGUUCCCGCGGUGAUCAUCGCCGUCUCCGCCUUGGCCAAUGCACAGGGAUACGGCACAGACAGCCACUGCUGGCUGAACCUGGAGAAUGGGUUCAUCUGGAGCUUCUUUGGACCCGUCUGCAUCAUCAUCAUCGUCAACGCCAUGUUCUUCAUCAUCACUGUGUGGAAGCUGGCCCAGAAGUUCUCCAGUCUCAAUCCAGACAUGACCAGCCUGCGCAAGAUCAAGACGUUCACAGUCACUGCCAUCGCCCAGCUGUGCGUGCUGGGAACCAUGUGGAUUUUCGGCUGUUUCCAGUUCGAGGGGAGCACGCUGGUUGCUUCUUACCUCUUCACCAUCUUUAACAGCCUACAGGGGGCGCUGGUGUUCAUCAUGCAUUGCCUCCUCUCCAAACAGGUUAGAGAGGAGUAUGCCAGGCUCAUGCCCUGUAUCUGCAAAGACUUGUCAGAGAAGAAGAAGUACUCGGAGUUCAGCAGCAGCAACCAGUCCAGCAGCUCCCAGGCACUCAGAACACUGGGGAGUGGUCAGAACACAGGGGAGUCGCAGAUCUGAGGUGGUCCACCACUGUCCCAUGACGCUUUGCACUCUGCCCCAUGUGACCCUGGUGUGACCCCUGCCAUAUUGUACAAGCUUCCUGCGCAACAGUGCCUCAAACCCAACCAACAAAAAUCCAGCCAGACCUGUACUAUAAGGGGAAUUCCACGCUGGGUUUUUCUUUCAUUCGUAGAAGAGUAGCUGCCCUCCUGAUUAAAACGAGCUCUCUACCUGCAGAGUGCGUAGAGAUAUAGCCCAAACUGCUGCACAUGCUCCAGGUACCUACGUAUGUACCACAUACAACAGGGCGGGGCCUAUGGGCUGGCGUCAGAGAACACCAAAUCCCGUUUCCACUUAUGAAUACAAACGGAGGGGAUGGUGCCCCCAGGUACACCUGAGACGCAGCUAAAGUAGGUCAUUGUGUGUAGUGGGCCCUUUUUCCCCAGACGCUUUUGCGGGGAACAUUCAGGAGGGGCUAUUGGACAUGCCGAGCGACUGUCUCUUGGCUUGGCUAACACCCGCUUUGCCUGGCAUUGGAGGUCACAGGUUGGUAUCUCCAAAUCCGAAUUACCCGCCAAAAGUCAGAAAGGGUAGAGCUGUAUGUCAUUGUGACGUAUACCUCCACGAAAUGCGCUCCUUUAGCUGCUAUUAUUUCUGAGCAAAUAUUGCUUUAAUGUUGUUUUGUGUUGGAAUUCCCCUUUAAUUGAUAAAGUACUUCUAUGUGGUUUUGAACAAUGUCUUCACAAAAUAGAGAGGUUGAAGUGUCAUUUAUAUAUAUAUAGAUAUAUUUUAUAUAGAGGUUAAUAUAUAUUGUGUGUCUCCAGAGACUAGCCAUUCAGAGACUGUUUCUUUUUUGUAUGUUAUGUGUGUGUGUGUGUGUAUUUGUGCCUCCAAAUGUGUGUGUGCGUGCAUGUCCAUGCACAUGCGUGUGUGUGUGCGUGCGUGCGUGCGUGUUGAAGGGACAUGUUCUGAAGGAAAGGUACUUGAUCUCCAACACACAAACCAACUCUCCUCUGAAAAUCUUGAAGGAGGUGUGACGUUGUCUUAAAAUGAACAAACAUGAUGUUUUUAUAUGCGUGUAUGUAUGUAUAUAUUUGUGUUUUAUAAUAUGUAUGGGUAAUAUUUUGUAAAAUGCUGAAUUCUGGGCAGCAUUGGGUCCGCUGAACUUGGUGUUAUAGCCGCUGCAGAAUAGCCGGGAUGGUCCUGGGUCCCGCUCAGGCCUGGUCCGGACGGGAGCGUGACUCGGUCGCCCUGCUUCUAACUGAUCAUACCUGCGUUAUCAGUGCUUAAUUUAUCCUAAAAAUGUUUGAAAUAUGUUCAUAAGUUCGUAAGUUUCAUUUUGACGGGUGUGAGUCUUCAUUUAUGCACUCUUCCAAAACAGACUUCCCAUCAGAGUCUGUAUGUGUCCCAGUGGUGUUGAUGGCAAAACUGCCUGUGUAAAAUUUCUGCAAAAUGAUUGAAUUUUGACAUGAUCAGUUUAUUGAACUAUUUGAUCUCAGUGUGAUUUGAUUUUAAGGUUAUUUGUUUGUGAAAGGAUUUAGUUAUUUUGCACAGCCACGCCAGUAUCCUUAAAUGUAAAAAAAAUAAUUGUGGCCUGAUCACAAAAAGGAGAUAUUUUUGUUCAUAUUUUGCUGAUAAUAUUUUUUAUUUCAUUUUUUACAGUUUUUAAUAAGCUUUGCAUAAAGUCUUUGCACAAAAGUUUGGAUUUAGGUCGUUUUUAAGAAUGUACUAUUGGUUCCUCUGACAAAAAUACCAGUUUUUAAUUCAAAUCAUUAUUAAUAUUAUCAAUAUUAAUAUUAAUAAUUAUUGCUUAAUACUUUUAACAGAGCUUUUGUGUCAGUUUCGACUAUGCUGAUUCAAUAAAUUGUCAUGCUGUGUUCAUGCUGGCUCACUGUUGCUAAGCAAUGUCACCUGACCAUUCUACUGUUAGGUCACAUGAUUAAUCAGUUUGACUCUUAUGGGCUAGUAUACCUGUCAUCUGUGUGACCAUUCCGUAAUAUACCUGUCACCUGUGUGACCUCACUGUAAUAUACCUGUCACCUGCGUCUUUGCUGUAGUAUGUCAGUCACCUGUGUCUUUGCUGUAGUAUACCUGUCACCUGUGUCUUUGCUGUAGUAUACCUGUCACCUGUGUCUUUGCUGUAGUAUACCUGUCACCUGUGUAUUUGCUGUAGUAUACCUGUCAUGUAUAUGAAUUGUCUCUUUCAAAAAUCACCUGCCACCUGUCUGGCCUUGUCAGGCUUUUUUCUUUACAUUGAGCAGUUUUUCUAUUAAAAUGUCUAUACUUCAGUUAGUGCCUUGACCACACAGUAGGUCUGAAAUCUGAUUAGCGAGGUGCAAUUUCUCUGCCUAAUUAAAUACUGUAAUAUCGGAUCUAUGUGUGAGGCCUUCAUGAAAUAAACAUAGCUUGAUAGAU